GGCACGUGCGGUGACCGUUCCUCUCGCGCAGUAACACAGUAACCGUUGCGCGCGCGGCGUUCGCUUUCCUCACGCUCUACUCCAUCACCGCGCACGGCACGCACACGUCCGCUCGCCCGCCCGCCGCCGUUUCCACGGACACAUCUACGCAUUCACGCUGACGGGAAUCCAUUAAUAGCAGACCGAUCGCCAUGGCAGAGGAGUAUCUGUACGGAAUCACUCUCGAGGGACCGAACGCGAGCGAGGUAUGGGACCCGGAGCACAAGAACGACGAUUCGGACGGCACGGCCCAGCACAUUGGCGCCGAUCAGAAGCUCAUUAUAAAAAUGGCUCUUCUGGGACCAGAAGCUAAACCUGGAGAGCUCAAUGUCCUGCAGGUUGAGGCGAUGGGUUUAAAGGGCCCCAUCAAAACUCCAAUUGCCUUGCUAGAGAUGGGAAAAACAGCGCAGAUCAUUCUUGAUCUCAGUUUCCCAGAUCCUCCAGUCACGUUCACAUUGGUUAAGGGCAGUGGACCAGUUCAUAUAGUAGGACACAAUCUCCUUGGUGCUCACAUUGAUGAAUUUGAUGACAUGGAUGAUGAAAUGGAAGAAGAGAACAUUGAUGAUGAGGACGAUGAAAAGGAUCCUGAAGAUGAAGACGACGAAGAUGACGAACCUAAGAAGAAGAAUGCUAAAUUAGCAGCUGCCGCUAAAUACAAAAAUCAGGCUAACAAGAACAAGAAAAAAUAAACAAGAGCCUUAACAUUAUGGAAAUAAAACAAACUCUUAAGUUAAGAUAUUAUACAUUAAGUCCAUCAUUAUCAUCCGCAUUUAUGCGAAUCUAGUAUCAUUUCAUCAGAUUAUCAUACAAAAAAAACAGUUGCCUUCCACCUUUUUAAAACACAACUGGACCAACAAAAUAAUAAGACAAUUAUAUUAUGUAUAAUUUUGGAAUGAUUUCGGAUAAUUUCUGAUUUUCAUUGCUUAACUUGAAAAAAAUAUUUGUGUGCUUUAACUAAUUUUUUAUGCUUCUUUUCAAAUGAAGUUUAUUACGAUAUUACCUCAGUUAUAUUGAUAUUUGUAUAACAUAUCUUUGAUAUGUAUGCUCGGAUAUUUUUCCAGAAUGUUGUAUAUUUAGUAACAUAGGAUUUGUCAGAAGUUGUUAAAAGAAAGCAAAUAUUUGUGACAAAGUUUUUAUAAGUAUAGUUUCUUCAAAAAGGGGUCUCUUGAUAUGGAAUACUUACGUGAUUUAAGAUAAAAUUGAAUAUUUUUUCUCUUGAUAAAAUUUUAUGUUCUUGAUAACAGAGAUCCUAAAACGGAAUAUUAUUUUUUUUUCUUUUUUACUAGACGACUUAUUGAAAUUUAUAUGAUACAAAUAUAUAAUUUUGGCAUGAUAAGACAAUGUGAUUAAAUGAUUUCCGGCCCAGUUGUAAAAUUUGUGGAAAGCAUGAAUAGAUCCAUAACGAGAGAUUUUAUAUUUUUGGUUUUUUCUGACAUCGUGUUCAUAUCGAUGCGACUCUUUUAGAGAAAAUAUAUCCUAAUGUUUAAACAAGACUUUUGGAAAUGGUUCUCAUAAAGAAUCGCGAAACUAAGGCUCCAGUAUAAUUUAUUAUUUUCGUGUGUACAAGAUGGGGGGAAAGGAUUAUUACUCAUUCAAAAAUCCUAAUUCCAGAAUUUUAUGUCUCUAAAGAUAUCAACAUUAAAAGAAGAAAAUAUAUACGUUAUCUCAACAUUCAUUCCAUUUGAUGAAAGAUAAUAGAAACGGGAGUUACAGGUGUACUGGGUAAAUGUUCUUACAUCAGCGUCAUGUGCUAUUAAAGCAUAUGUUGUGCAUGUAUAAAAAAAUCAUACGUGCGAUUGAUAAGUAGUCUGUACACCUAUUUUGUACAUAUACGAUACAAUAAAAAAUUUCACAACUUUUAAAAUCCGUA